AUGGAUGCCCAUGCGCAUCUGCUUUCCCUCGGCUGGGCGGGACCCGGCCACUCUCUCGACUCGAGACCAUACAAACAAAAAGGGCACCGAGGCCUCGCUUAUGACCCCGCAAAAGUCGGUAAUAACGGCGUCGGCCUUGUAAAACCUCUCUCGAUUUCGCAAAGAAAAGGGCGAUUCGGUGUUGGGAAGAAAGCCCAUGAACCACCAGCCGGAAACCAGUGGUGGCUGAAAGGGUUUGAGAAUGCGUUGGGUAACAUUGGCAAGAGCGAGAGCGAGAGAAGUAGUGGCACGGCUACGCCAAUUACACAUGACUCUGGUGGUACUGGAAAACACGGCGGGCUUUAUACCUUCUUCGUCAAGGGACAAGAGAUGGAAGGCACAAUUGGAAAAGUCGGCGACGUAAAGCGAACUUCGAAGAAGCGGAAGAGCGGCGCCCUCGAUGAUCGAGAACAAGAUGGCGCUAUGGUAUCUAAGAAGCAAGAAGCUGCGGCAGAAUUCGAAGAGGCUGGUGCAUAUUUUGCGUUGCGGGACAAAGAUGAGAAGCGUUACCAGCGUCUGCAAAAACAGAAUCCGGUUGCAGAGUUCGAGCAAGUCGGCGAGUAUCUCCAGGCAGGGUUGGGGAAGAAACCAAAGAAACGGAAAUCGCAAGUCGAGCCGGAAGAUACCGAGCUCGCCACCCUAGACGACCUUGAUAACGACCGGCGGUCACCGCCGAGCCAAGGAGAAACGAAAGAAGAGAGACGCGAACGGCGGCGGCUGCGGAAAGAGAAGAAGGAGCGGCAGCGGAAUGCGUUGGCGGACCUGGAAAAUCGGCAGCAACUUGCCUUGCCGAACGACGCCGUUACAGAGGAUAUAGGCGAAAAAGCUGAUGGAAGAGCGGAGCGGAAGCGAAGGAAAAGUGCUAAGUCUACCAAGUCUUUGAGAGGGGGCUGA